AAUAAGAAAGAAAACACACCUAUAUUAAACUGAGAUAAGGAAAUAUAUUGUAGCAUUUGAUCAAGCAAAAGUUUUUCCAGGUGUUAGGCCAAUGUUACCCCUGGUUGAUAUCAGGCUUGUAUGUCUUCAUUCUCUAAAUGCUGUCCACAGUAGGGCUCGCUGCCAUUUGAGCUGGAAGGAGAGUAGCCCUCAGUCGAAGAUUUUCAAUGUCACAAUUCAUCAUCAUGUCUGGUACUAGUAUUUUUCAACCGGGAUUUCCCUAAGCAAUGCAGAUCACAGUUUUAUCAUUUGAUUUUGCUUUGUGUCAUACCUCGAUUUGAAGGCUGUGCAAAAGAGAGGAUUUUGUGCUUCUGGUGUUGAAUGCUAUGUGAAGUGCUGCAAUCUCUUAUUGAGAAGGUGGUUCAGUUUCUGAAAAGGUUUACAAUUGCUUGGGACAAUAUGAGCUAAGAUGGCAUCAGAUGCAGCACCAGGCUCAGUCCAUUCUUUUGCUUCCUUUCUAAACUUAUUGAUUGAUGUCUUACCGGAACAUUUUUUGCAGGCAUAAUUUAACUAGUGUAGGGAUGGAUACACCAAUACAAAAUAGAUUAAAGAUCGUAUUUUUAUGUUUUCAAUUUAUCCAAUAACCCAUUGAAGAGUUUUUCGUCUAUACUCUCACCAUUGUGUUAUUGGAGGUUACUCAUGGUUUCUAAUUUCUAUAGAUUGUGCUGAACAAAAUAAUGUAAUAUUAAGAGGAUAAUGCUCUGCACAUUUUUGGCUCCUAAUUGAUUAAUGUUGUAUGGCCGGUUUUUGAAAUGAUUCUGUUAUAGAAGUUGAAACCAAAUCAACUGUCAUUUUUCUA